CUGAGCUCCUCGUCAAUUCGUAAUCCGUCAGCUCCGCACAACUGAGUCUGACAGAGACAGAUGGGGACACUCUUUAUCAGCCAAUUCCCCCUCCACCUCACUAUCCCGCCAUUGCUUCGCGCUACUUAACUGCCUCUGCAGGCAACACACCUGCGGCGCCCGGGCUUCCGGUUGAGUUCCUAGUUAUUCGUCGCACCUGCGACUGCGCCGUGAUGGGCGACUCGGAUUUUCGGCCAGCAUUGCUGGUCAUCGACAUGCAAGAGGACUUCUGCCCGCCGAACGGCUCCCUCGCCGUCGCCGAAGGCCGGUCCAUCGCGCCGCUGAUCAACACCCUCCUGGCGCUGCCCGCCUUCCGCCUCAAGAUCGGCACCAAAGACUGGCACCCGCCGGACCACAUCUCCUUCGCGCACAACCACCCGCCGCCGGACAACCAGCCCUUCACCUCGACCACGACCAUCACCAACCCGCUCAACCCACACGAGAGCUACACGACCCGCCUCUGGCCGGCGCACUGCAUCCAGUCGACCCCCGGCGCGGCGCUGAUCCCGGAACUCGACGCCGCGCGGCUGAGCCACGUGAUCGAGAAGGGCACGGACGCGCGCGUCGAGAUGUACUCGGCGUUCUACCCGCCGCUGCGCGACCCGCCGGUGGCGGGCGCCGACAGCGGGCUGGCGGGGCUGCUGCGGGCCGCGGGGGUCACGCGCGUGUACGUGGUCGGGCUGGCGGCGGACUUUUGCGUGCGGCACACGGCCGAGGACGCGGUGCGCGAGGGGUUCGAGGCGGUCGUCGUCGAGGACGCGACGCGGGCGGUCGAGCCGGCCGCGUGGGAGGCGGUCGUUAAGAAGGAGAUGCAGGCGUGCGGGGUGCAGAUUGUGCGGGCGGCGGAUUGGGAGGUCAGGAGGUUGUUUGAGGGUGAGGGGAAGUAGCUAGGUAUCUACUAAGGGAGUGUGGUGGGCGGAGGUUUUUUGGGGACGAUGAUGCGAAGGAAGGAGGCAAAUGGGGUGAUGGGUUCACUAAUGGUUAUGAUUGGGGUCUGGAUAGCCAUAUGAACGCCGCGAGCGUCAAGCAAGCCAUGAUUGGGACAUGAAUUGUUUGUGUGUGUGCAGACAAUUUCAGAGGGCUCCAAAGGGCAGACUCCAAGGGUGCAUAUACAUUUGCGAGAUUGACGUCUCUGCGUCCUCACAUACCUAUUGGCCCACUAUCUUUCGGCACCUCGGACACAUCAUCGGACACAGCCCAUCCG